CACCUGGACUAGAGAAUGUGUUUCUCUCAGACCGUGGGGCAGGGUUUCCCUGAUGAACCUUAGAAAUAGGGCAGCCUUUGGAGAUAGGGGAGUGUGUUCUCUUUUUCUCUUUUCUCCAGGCAUCCCAGAGAUGAAUUAUCCAGUGUUUAUCAUCCUCAAACCUACAGCAGAUACAGAAUCACUUCAUAGCUACGGAUGUUCUUUCUUCCUUUCAAAGAGGAAUAUCUCCUCUAAAUGUCCGAAUGGAUGAAUCACUCCUGUUUCCCAGAGGUGCCCCUCUUUCUCCUGUGUGUAAUGGGAUUAAGUUUUAGGAAUGUAACCUUUGGCAUCCUCCUUUAAGUUUCCUGAAAGUUCUGAAGGACCCCAGGAUGGGUGAUUAAGAGCAAAGAGGUUGUAGAGCCCAGCUACUUGGAUUCAGAUCCUGACUCCACUUACUAGUUAUGUGACCUUGGGCAAAUUACUUCACCUCACUAAGCCUGUUUCCUCAUCUAUAAAUUGGGGAUAGUAAUUCCAACUCUUAGGGCUGUUAUGAGGAUUAAAUGAGAUAAUGCAUGUAAUACUCUCACCAUCACCUGUGGUACAUAGCCCUUAGAAAAUAUUAGCCACUAUGAUUGGUGCUAAGGCUAAGAGACAAAAUGGGUGAUACUUUCUUUGACUGACAUUGAGUAACUGUAUAUGCAGCUGAGGGCGUCUGUUGGGGAGUGGUCUCUCCUAACAUAGACUCCUGUCCCUUUUACACCCAUGCUUUAAGUCAUACCUACCACCUCCUUCAAAAACAGACACCUCUUGUGCUCCCUGAAUGGUGUGAGAAUCUGUUGCCGAUCAGCCUGCUUUCCCUCAUCUUUACCCUGGGAAGAGCUGUAGUUUUCUCAUUAUCCUUCCAGCUCAGGUCUCCUGCUUUUUCUCAUUAGGAUUUUGGUUCAUUUUCUUCUCAUCCCUGCUCUUGCAAAACCUCAAGUUCCCCUUUCUGCUUUUGCUAAUGGUAGCCAUCUCUGGCACUAAAGGAUUUUUUUCACUUUUGCACACUUCAAAGGCCUAUGUUUCAGCUAUUUACCCCUACCCCAUAGGGCUAAUCACUUUGGCAUUUAUUCUGUUGUUCCUUCUAAGUCUCCAGUCUCAUUUACAACAAGACUUGUUCCUUGUCACCUGGCAGACUUUUUCAUCAGGCCACCCUGCCUGUCACCUCUUCACCAUUCAGAAAUGACUUUGUCAGUGCACCUCAAAAUUCCUAGCUUAGAAGAGCUGCAGGAUGUAGCACAUGUUUGCCUUAGUCAGGUCUAGUACUUUUUCCAUUUUGGUGGGGGAGGGGAGCUCACUUUUGGAGCAGGGCGCCCUGAGGUAGGCUGGUGUGUGGGAGGUACGGUCUUGGACUACUCUCUUGGCUGGAGCAGGUGGGUUAGAAGGCUUGUCUAUCACCGGGGCCCGGAGGGCUUGUUAGUGUUAGCAGCCCUGAUUACAGGACCACACCUGUAAUCCCAGGGGAAGAGUCCUGCGGACACCCUGGCAGGCUAGACCAUGGAUUCCCUUUCAAGCAGGCAAUUUCCACCUGCUUUUUUUUUUGUAGAGACAGAGUCUCACUGUACCGCCCUCGGGUAGAGUGCCGUGGCGUUACACAGCUCACAGCAACCUCUAACUCUUGGGCUUACGCGAUUCUCUUGCCUCAGCCUCCCGGGCAGCUGGGACUACAGGCGCCCGCCACAACGCCCAGCUACUUUUUUGUUGCAGUUUGGCCGGGGCUGGGUUUGAACCCGCUACCCUUGGCAUAUGGGGCCGGCGCCCUACUCACUGAGCCACAGGCGCCGCCCUAGACCAUGGAUUCCCUUCUGCUCCUGCAGCCUGGAGCCAGCCCGAUAGGGGGCGGGCGUGUGGGGAGUCCCGGAGCACCGAGGGGUUGGUGAAUGCUGAAGGUGAAGGGGGCCCAGAGAACGUUAGUGGCGACAGAAGUGGGGGUUAACCUCCUGUAAUGAAGAUGAGUUGUGUAUAUCUGCGGCCCCCUGGAGAUGCUGCAUGAGAUCCUACUGCAGGCGCAGAGAGAGAAUCUGACCAAUGGGGACUAUGUCUUCUUUUACCUGGAUGUCUUUGGGGAGAGUCUCCGUGCGGGCCCCACACGCUCUACAGGCCGGCCCUGGCAGGAUAAUCGCACCCAGGAACAGGCCCGGGCCCUCAGAGAGGCCUUUCAGACGGUAUUGGUGAUCACAUACCGAGAACCCCCAAAUCCUGAGUAUCAGGAAUUCCAGAAUCGUCUGCUGAUAAGAGCCCGGGAGGAUUUUGGUGUGGAGCUGGCCCCUUCCUUGAUGAACCUCAUCGCUGGCUGCUUCUAUGAUGGGAUCCUGCUGUACGCUGAAGUCCUGAAUGAGACAAUACAGGAAGGAGGCACCCGGGAAGACGGACUUCGAAUUGUGGAGAAGAUGCAGGGGCGAAGAUACCACGGUGUAACUGGACUGGUGGUUAUGGACAAGAACAAUGACCGGGAGACUGAUUUUGUCCUGUGGGCCAUGGGAGACCUGGAUUCUGGGGACUUCCAGGUGAUGGGGGAGGAGACAGGGAAGAGAGUGUGGCUCUGCAAAAUCCAGCUCUCAAGGGUUCACUGGGGCAGAGUCAAAGGUACUAGAGAAGGGACUUAUUUUCUCUGCCAGAGCUGUACCUUGGCUGGGUGGGAGGUUGGAAAGAAAAGCAGCAAAACAGCUUUGGUCUCAGGGAGGAGGCAGGUGGGAGCAGGCCUGGGGGCCCAGUGUUCUGCUUCCUCACAGCCUGCAGCCCACUACUCAGGAGCUGAGAAACAGAUCUGGUGGACGGGACGGCCCAUUCCCUGGGUGAAGGGGGCGCCCCCCUUGGACAAUCCCCCCUGUGCCUUUGACUUGGACGACCCAUCCUGUGAUAAAACUCCACUUUCAACUCUGGCAAUUGUGGCUCUGGGAACAGGAAUCACCUUUAUCAUGUUUGGCAUUUCUAGCUUUCUCAUUUUCCGAAAACUGAUGCUGGAGAAGGAGCUGGCCAGCAUGUUGUGGCGCAUUCGCUGGGAAGAACUGCAGUUUGGCAACUCAGAGCGUUAUCAUAAAGGUGCAGGCAGUCGCCUCACACUGUCACUGCGGGGAUCCAGUUACGGCUCACUCAUGACAGCCCAUGGGAAAUACCAGAUCUUUGCCAACACCGGUCACUUCAAGGGAAAUGUUGUUGCCAUCAAACAUGUGAAUAAGAAGCGCAUUGAACUGACCCGCCAGGUUCUGUUUGAACUCAAACAUAUGAGAGAUGUUCAGUUCAACCAUCUCACUCGCUUCAUUGGAGCCUGCAUAGACCCUCCGAACAUUUGCAUCAUCACUGAGUAUUGUCCUCGUGGGAGUUUACAGGAUAUUCUAGAAAAUGACAGCAUCAACUUGGACUGGAUGUUUCGUUAUUCACUCAUUAAUGACCUUGUGAAGGGUAUGGCCUUUCUUCACAACAGCAUUAUUUCAUCCCAUGGGAGUCUCAAGUCCUCCAACUGUGUUGUGGACAGUCGUUUUGUGCUCAAAAUCACAGACUAUGGCCUGGCCAGCUUCCGAUCAACUGCUGAACCUGAUGACAGCCAUGCCCUCUAUGCCAAGAAGCUGUGGACUGCUCCUGAACUGCUCAGUGAGAACUCCUUGCCAACCACAGGCAUGCAGAAAGCUGAUGUCUAUAGCUUUGGGAUCAUCCUACAAGAGAUAGCACUUCGCAGUGGUCCUUUCUACUUGGAGGGCCUGGACCUCAGCCCCAAAGAGAUUGUCCAGAAGGUCCGAAAUGGUCAGCGGCCAUAUUUCCGACCAAGCAUUGACCGGACCCAACUGAAUGAAGAACUAGUUUUGCUGAUGGAGCGAUGUUGGGCCCAAGACCCAGCUGAGCGGCCAGACUUUGGACAGAUUAAGGGUUUCAUUCGCCGCUUUAACAAGGAGGGUGGCACCAGCAUAUUGGACAACCUCCUGCUGCGCAUGGAACAGUAUGCCAAUAACCUGGAAAAGCUGGUGGAAGAACGCACACAGGCCUAUCUGGAGGAGAAACGCAAGGCUGAGGCUCUGCUCUACCAAAUUCUACCCCAUUCAGUAGCAGAGCAGUUAAAACGGGGAGAGACUGUACAGGCUGAGGCCUUUGACAGUGUUACCAUCUACUUCAGUGACAUUGUUGGCUUCACAGCAUUGUCAGCAGAGAGCACUCCCAUGCAGGUGGUAACACUUCUUAAUGACCUGUAUACCUGCUUUGAUGCCAUAAUUGACAACUUUGACGUCUACAAGGUGGAGACGAUUGGGGAUGCCUACAUGGUAGUAUCUGGCCUCCCUGGCCGAAACGGUCAACGCCAUGCUCCAGAAAUUGCUCGUAUGGCCCUAGCAUUACUGGAUGCAGUUUCUUCCUUCCGCAUCCGCCACCGACCCCAUGACCAGCUGAGGCUACGCAUAGGGGUCCAUACUGGGCCAGUCUGUGCUGGGGUUGUUGGCCUGAAGAUGCCCCGCUAUUGUCUAUUUGGAGACACGGUGAACACUGCUUCUCGAAUGGAGUCAAAUGGUCAAGCCCUGAAGAUCCAUGUUUCUUCUACCACCAAGGAUGCCUUGGAUGAGCUAGGAUGCUUCCAGUUAGAGCUUCGGGGAGAUGUGGAGAUGAAGGGAAAAGGAAAGAUGAGAACUUAUUGGCUCCUAGGAGAGCGGAAGGGACCUCCUGGACUCCUCUAAGCCCUACUUCUUCCCAAGUCAGACAAUCUCCUGCUGCUGGUACCUGGGUGGGCAGUGGCCUUCUCUCCACACACCAGAAAUGGACAUAGUCACAUGAGAUGGAAAACACCAAGCACCAAGAAAACCUACCUUAUAUGGAAGUUGUAGCCCUCUGUAGCUCAGUCUUGUACAUAAUACCUGCCCUUCUCUGGCUUGGUCCCCUUCCUCCUUAACUUUCUGUAAAUAUCUGUAUCUAAACCAGAAUAUUUUGGCCAAAUAUAAAACAACAAAAAAUAGCCAUGGUGUCAC